AUGGUCUCGGCCAAUUAUUUCUGGAAGGCGAUUCUGCUGAUAUUCGCUGCAACUUUUGCUAUUGCAGCUCCAACAUCCCAUCAUGCAUGUUCUCUCGAGCCAAAAGAGUCGUCUAAUGGCAGACUUGUCUUCUGUCAUUUCAUGAUUGGUAUUGUAGGUGAACGUGUUGGCCCUCAAGAUUACGACUCGGACAUGCAGCGUGCUAAGGCCCUCGGUAUCGAUGCCUUUGCUCUCAAUAUUGGAGUCGACCCAUAUACGGAUACUCAACUCGCCUUUGCAUAUCAAUCUGCCGCGAAUAAUGGGAUGAAAGUUUUUAUUUCCUUUGACUUUAACUGGUGGAAUCCGUCAAGUCAGGCAACACAGAUUGGACAAAUGAUUGCAAGAUAUGCAGCUUUACCAGCGCAACUUUUCGUUGAGGGCAAGGCAUUUGCUUCCUCAUUUGCUGGUGAUCAGCUUGAUAUUGCUGCGUUAAGAGCUGGAGCGGGUAUUCCAAUUUUCUUCGCUCCCAACUUUCAUCCAGAGAUGGGAACAAACUUCGGAACUAUUGACGGUGCUUUAAAUUGGCUGGGAUGGCCCAAUGAUGGAAACAACAAGGCGCCUACUCCUGGUCAUAACGUCACUGUUGAAGCCGGUGACGCGGCUUAUAUCGAAGCGCUAGCUGGAAAGCCCUAUAUCGCACCGGUUUCGCCUUGGUUCAGCACUCAUUUUGGACCAGAAGUACCUUACAGCAAGAACUGGAUCUUCCCAUCCGACCUCUUAUGGUUUAAUCGUUGGAACGAAAUUCUGACUCUUGGACCACAAUACAUCGAGAUUGUGACUUGGAAUGACUAUGGCGAGUCCCACUAUAUUGGUCCUCUAGAUUCAUUACAUUUCGACGAUGGGAACUCAAAAUGGGUCAACGAUAUGCCUCAUGAUGGUUGGUUAGAUAUGGCUAAGCCAUACAUUGCUGCAUACCACGCGGGUGAUUCUUCUCCAAACAAGUACAUCACCUCCGACCAACUUAUUUAUUGGUAUCGACCCAAUCUACGAACUCUUGAUUGCGAUGCUACAGAUACCACGAUGGUACCUGCUAAUAAUGCUAGUGGAAACUACUUUCAGGGUCGACCAAACGGCUGGGAAGACAUGCAGGACUCAGUAUUUGUCGUUGCGAUGCUUACAGAGCCAGGAAUUGUUACAGUAAUGUCCGGAGAUAAUGUUCAACAGUUCAAUGCACCAGCUGGAGCUUCAGCGUACCAAGUCGAUAUGCAAGUCGGCAAGCAACAAUUCUUCCUUCAGCGUGGUACUGAGAUUUUAUUGGAAUCUGUUAGUCGUCAUGACGUCACAGAUGUUUGCAUUUGUGGUAUUUAUAACUUCAACGCAUAUGUCGGAACUGUACCAGAUAAUGUAGCUGGUCCGCUUCUUCACGAUGGAUUGGCGUCUUUGACAGCUGGACUUCAUGUUAGUACAUGUAGCGCAGCUCCAUCAUUGCCUACUGGUUUCAUCAGGCCAACAACGACACCGCCUGGUGGAGGAAUUCCUGUUCCACCUACUACAACCAAGCCUUCGACUACAGCGCCACCAACUACUAGUCCACCUACUACUACUCCCCCAGUCACGACUCCACCUACCACUACUAAGCCUUCCACAACUACCACAAGCUCCACGACCUCAUCUCUCCCAUCCGGGACAUGCGUCGCGGGAAUCGGAGCUGAAAAUUUCAUCGGCUUGUGUCAAUUCUCAUGCAAUUUCGGUUACUGCCCAUCUCCAUGUAAAUGCACUAGCUACGCUGCAACUGGCAAUGUCGCUCCUCCAGUGACUAACACACCUGGCUAUCCUCUCGCUGGCGAAGAUCCUUCAGCCUACUCCGGUUUGUGCGAUUUCACUUGUAACCACGGUUAUUGUCCACCUACAGCUUGUACUUAUAACAAGGACGGCUCUCCCAUCUCAUCCCCUGCUCCUGCACCAGCCCCCACAACAAUUAUAACUUCUACCAUUUCCACCUCCACCACCACAACGAAGACGAGCGCACCACCACCAGCUCCAACCGGAACCAAAUAUUGUGUCGAAGGAACUGGGCCCGGAAAUUAUCUUGGUCUAUGUGAAUUCAGUUGCAUGUAUUCUUAUUGUCCCCCAGGGCCAUGUACAUGUACCAAGUAUGCAGAUACACCUAUCCAAGCACCUCCAGCCAACAGUCCACCGGGAAGACCAUUACCCGGUGAGGAUGAUAGCUACUUGGGUCUUUGCAGUUUCACUUGUAAUCAUGGGUAUUGCCCUCCUACUGCUUGUGCUUCUGGUUAA